AGCGCUUGGUUGCAGCAUCCACCUCAGCAUCGACAUCCCCCACGGAAUCCGCAGGCCAAUACUCCAGCGGCGACGAACAACAGCGUGGUCAGGGCCGCAACUCAUGACUGCCUUUGACGGGCCGGGGUCGGUUAUUAUCAGCAUAUAAUUUGGGUCAAGGUUUGGGAUGGGAGAUUACGGAUUCGACUUCACUGCUUUCAUCUUUUAUAUAUCCUCAUUUGGCGGGCAUGUUUGGAGAAAUCGGUUCUGUUGGCUUGGACGCUCCGUCAUUGCUUCCCUCCACCACGUCAACGCCGACCAAGGCUUGGAGGGGAAACAACGCCGGCGCGGCUCGCUUGUCGCUCCCUCCCCUGAUGUAUUGGGUGUUGACCACAUCCGCCUCUGUGCGGGCCAUCCCAAUCUUCGAAAGUUUCGGAGAGACAGUCGAGCUUGUCGUCCAGUCAGAUUUGGCGUUAAAUAUUGUUUACACAGUCAAUAUGUUGGCAUCUAUUUGGUCUUCAAAUUUCUGGCAUUUGUGUCUCAAUAUAGCGAAAGCGAAAGACCGGCAUCCAUGUCGGCCACGUAAUGCGGUUAUAUUAGGGUGUCAUGUUUGAACCUCAUUCUUUGCACACCUAUAUCAGACGGGUGAGGGGUGGUCAAUAGAUCAAGACCGAUAG